GCAAGUAGCCUCGGCCACUCGGCGGGACGCGGCGGCCGCGCAGCUCCAGGCAGCGAAACAAGCGCGCUCCAGGGGUCGCAAGUGCCGGCGGGAGCCGGGCGGGUGAGCGGAAGAUCCACGGCGGGAGGCACCACGCCAGGCCGAGUGCGCGAUGGGCCGCCGUCUACCCUUGUGGCUCUGCGCCGUCGCUGCGCUGCUCUCAGGGGCGCAGGCCAAGGGCACCCAGCUCCUCGCACGGCCAGCACAGCCCGGUGCCUCCCGCUACAGCCUCUACACGACCGGAUGGCGUCCGCGGCUGCGCCCGGGGCCGCACAAGUCUCUCUGUGCCUAUGUGGUACAUAGGAAUGUGACCUGCGUCCUACAGGAGGGAGCAGAGAGCUAUGUAAAGGCUGAGUACCAGUGUGGGUGGGGGCCCAUCUGCCCCUCCACAGUCAGGUACCGCUCAGUGCUCAGACCCAGGUACAAGAUUGGCUACAAGACUGUGACAGACCUGGCCUGGCGAUGCUGCCCUGGUCUUACUGGGGAAGGCUGCCCCGAACACCUCACAAACCAUGGAGCUACCUCACCACAGGGGGAGCCAGAGCCCCAGAUUCCCUUGGGGCAGCUGGGCCCAGGUCCCAGGCCUUCCCCUCACAACAGAGAGACCCCAAGCCCCCAUGGAAGAAAAGGACCAGGGCUGUUUGGUGAGCGGCUGGAACAGCUGGAGGGCGAUGUUCGGCGUCUCUUACAAGCAUAUGGCACUCUGAGUGGUUUGGUGGCCAAUGAGGAUCCCAAUAGGAUCACUAGUGACCCCAGGGCUCCUGUGGCACCUAUAGGCUUUGGAGUCAUCCCUGAGAGGCUUGUGGAUCCAGAAGACAGAGGCAGAGGACCACCCAUACCUCCUCUGGGUGAGAUCCUAAGCAAGGUGACAGAGGUGAGCAACACAUUACAGACCAAGGUGCAGCUGUUAGACGAGGUGCGUGGGCUGGCCCUCGGUCAUGAGGCCCACCUGCAACGGCUACGGGAAGCCGCCCCAUCCCCGCUGACCUCCCUAGCAUUGCUGGAGGAGUACGUGGACCAAAGGCUACAGCGACUCUGGGGGAGCCUGCUGGACGGCUUUGAGCAGAAGCUGCAAGGUGUCCAGAGCGAGUGUGACCUGCGGGUGCAGGAGGUGCGGCAGCAGUGUGAGGAGGGCCAGGCGGCCAGCCGGCGCUUGCACCAGAGCCUUGAUGGCCGGGAGCUGGCCUUACGGCGGGAGCUCUCACAGCUGGGCACUCAGCUGCAGGGCCUGACUCUGACUGGUGGGGGCACCUGCUGCAGCCAGCUGGCUUUGAUCAGUGCCCGUGUGGACAGCCUCGAGAGGAACCUGCAGGCCGUCACUGAGACCCAAGGUGGCCCCGGCACCCUGGCUGCAGAUGAGCUUACGCGCCUCUCUGCUGCUGUGCUCCAGGGAGGUGUAGAUGGGCUGCUGGAGGGCCUGGAGACCAUCAACGGGACAGAGAAUGGAGCAAGGGGCUGCUGUCUGCGAAUGGAGAUGGGGGGCUGGGGUGUCGGUGGCUUCGGGUCCAUGCUGGAAGAGCGUGUGCAGAGCCUGGAGGAGCGCCUGGCAACUCUGACCGGAGAGCGAAGCCACAGUGCCACACCAGACAGAUCAGCACGGCCACUUGUUCAUUCGGAGCUAGCUGUGCUGGAACAAAGGCUAGUCUCCCUGGAGACCUCAUGCACCCCAAGUACCACCACAGCCAUCCUGGACAACCUUGUGGCCGAGGUGAAGGCCUGGCAGAGCCGGAGUGAGGCCCUCCUACACCAGGUGGCCAGUCACACAGCUCUGCUCCAACAGCUCAAUGGCACAGUAGCUGAAGUUCAGGGGCAGCUGGCAGAAGGGACGGGCAGCUCACUGCAAGGUGAGAUCACUCUGUUGAAGGUCAACUUGAACUCUGUGAGCAAGUCACUCACAGGCCUCAGCGACUCUGUCACCCAGUACUCUGACGCCUUCUUGGCCGCUAACACCUCCCUGGAUGAACGAGAACGCAAGGUGGAAGCUGAGGUGCACGCCAUCCAGGAACAGGUCAGCAGUCAGGGCUCGAGGCUUCAGGCUGGCCACAGGCAGGUCCUGAACCUGCGAGGGGAACUGGAUCAACUCAAGGCCGGUGUGGCCAGUGUGGCUGGAGGGUUGAGCCGCUGCCGGGACACGGCCCAGGAACUCCAGCAUAUGGUGGGCCACUUUGACCAGCGGGUGGCCCAAGUGGAGGGAACAUGCGAGAGGCUGGGCUUGUUGGCAGCGCGCCUGAACGGUUUGCCUACUGAGCAGCUGAGGUCUAGGGAGGGGCUGUGGGGCCAUAUAGACAAGCUGAACCACACGCUGGCCCAGCACACGCAGGACAUUGCCCGCCUUCGGGAUGACUUGUUGGACUGUAGAGCCCAGCUGGCUGAGGUAAGGCCAGGACGAGGUGAUUAGGAUGGCUGGACAGAACCUAAAGCUCAGAUCCCACUAACCCUGGGAAGUAUCAUCCCAGAGACCAACCCUACCCGGAAGCAUCUUCCAGCCCUUCCUGGCCAACCAGAGGCCACUGGAUGAUUGGCCUUGGUCCAGCUCAGCAUGACUGUCUCGGCCAUCAGAAGUCACCCUCAGUGCUGCAGUCUGGGCGAUUCAGGGUAACUGCUGAGGCAAG